GUUCUCGUUGUCCUCGGCUGUCUCUUGCCGAUCUUUUUUUCGUUCCUACGAUCGGAUGGGAUAGUGUUCAACAAACAACGGAUCAUAGUCGCAGAAACACGCGUGUUCGCUCCGUCCUUCGCUGAAUGGAUGGAGGGGUGGAUUUUGCUCUCCACGUACUUGCCCAACGGACUGGCUGAGGACCCAUCGUCAACGUGGAUGAAGGUGUAUUGAACAAAUAUUUUUGAGGUUUCCUUCCUCUUUUCUUCUCCCUCACUCAGUGGAUGAUCUCCCGCUACUCCUCCUGCUCCCCCUACUCCUUCUGCUCGGUCUGCUUUGGCUUCUCACGAUGCUCGUUCUCGUCUGCAACAACGAAUACAACUUUCCCAGCCACCUCUAACUCAAACUGACACUUCUUAACAGAGAGGUGAAGUACGAGCAUCUUCUCAUUGAUGCGAGCAAGUAUCUGCUUGACCUCAGUCUCGGGAGAAUUUCUCCAUAACACGGACUACAGGCACGAAAGGCGAUUGGGUUCAGUUCAAGCAUAGCAUCCAUCCUAGCCAAAAAUCGUCGACCGAUUUCCAAUGAAGAGAGAAAUUUGCUGAAAACUUGUUGACCUACCUACCUACCUACUUACUUUCCCUAGCCGUGUUGUGAAGACAUUUUCUUUCGUCCGAUUUAUGAUGUCUCUAACAGGUGACAUAUUGACCUCAGCCACCUCCGGAGGCCCGCUGGUUAGUGCUAUUACCACUUCAUCCAUGGUGGGAUCGUUUCUGCCCACUGUCACGUCAGGUUUGAUGCUGAACGAGACCAACCCAGUUUCGGGAGUGCUUCCAAGUGGUCCCACUGUCAGUCUUCCGGUCAGCAUGGCCAACUCCCAUUCAACGACAUCCGCUUUGAGCAAUGGGCCUCAGGGCAUGCCCAGUGGGCGGGGCAAUGGCGGGGGUGGCUCAAAUGCGUCGGGCAUGUGUGAUGAGAAGACUGUGGAAUAUUUGCGCGACCUCAUCGCGGAAAAACAAAUGUUAGAGGCCACGAACAAACACCAGGGGUUGGAUGGUGGAAAGAGCAUCAUGUUCAAACUCUUGGAACAAGAGAUCACUCGCAUUCAAAGUGGAGGGAAACCACCUGGACGAGACUCGAAAUUUGUGGAUAUUUACCACGAAAAACCAAUUCGAUUGACUGUUAGAGCACUGGUUCCUGUGAAAGAGCACCCAAAGUUCAAUUUCGUGGGGAAACUUUUGGGCCCCAAAGGCAAUUCUAUGAAGAGGCUUCAAGAAGACACUUUGACCAAAAUGGCCGUCUUAGGUCGAGGAUCAAUGAGAAAUAAACAGCAGGAAGAGGACUUGAGGAACUCGAAUGAUCCCAAAUACUCUCAUCUCAGUGAAGAUUUGCAUGUGGAAAUCACCGCCUUUGCCCCGCCUUCUGAGGCCCAUGCUCGCGUGGCUUACGCCCUCACAGAAGUUCGCAAAUACCUCAUCCCAGACUCCAACGACGAGAUUCGGCAAAAGCAAAUGCGAGAAAUGGAGUUGAUCAACAUACAACACGGGUCAAGUGGAGAUUCCAGUGAAGAAACCGGAAGUGGGGGUGAGGGAUUAUCACCUCCACCCUCCACCCGCCCAAAAAGUGGCUCUCAAGGCGCCCCAAAUAUGCUGGUGGUUCGAGGGCUAAUGCAACACUCGCCUCAGCAGCAACAACAACAACAACAGCAACAACCAAUCCAACAACAACAACAACAACAACAACAGCAACACGCCCAACAACAAUCGCAAUCGCACAAUCAAUUGCAACACCAUAACACUUGCAAAAUGGUUGUGAACGGUCAGAGCGGUCGUUUGGGUCAAAUGAUCCGAUCGAAUGGUGGCGGAGGUGGAAUGAACGCCAGUUGCAAUAUGGGUAAUCGCCUCAAUGCGAACAAGGUCUUGAGCAUCCUCGACCGCAUCCGACAUGGCGGGAGGGGAAGUCCGGACUUUGUUCAAUCGCAUCAUAAAUCAGGUUCACCCUCGCUCUCAGACAUGAGCGGAGGCAGUCAAGUGUCAGCCAUGUCCCCGGCUUCCUUUGUCGAUGCCAUCAAUCUAGUUGAAGAAACUGGGCUGUGCUAUGAAGAUCUUGGGAACAGCGAAAUUCUUUGCGGCAAAAGUCUCAAAUCGUCGUCAAUAACCAGGAAUCGGCUGCGAAUGCAAAUAUCUCCUUAUCCCAGACCUAAAUAAAGAAAGGGGACCCAGUUCUCUGAAGUUCGUGAUUUUCUUUCCAACGAUGUCUGCAUUGCUUUUCGAUUACUUCCAUUUCCCUUCCAUUGAAACUAUGCUCCAACGCUAAAGCAGUAAACUGAUUUCUUCAUUAUACCAAAUUCAACUACCUUUAGGACCAUAAACCUCAACUUUAUUCUUCAAUAAGGCAAUCUGUCGAUCUGUCGAUCCAUCAAUCGUGCAUUCAUUCGUUCAUUCAAUCAAUCUGAGGAUUCACUGAAUCUUCUAUUUAACACAGCUAGAAAUCUUAAUUUUUCGUUCCUUAAAUUCUUGUCCACGUACUCUAAUAUCGCUAAAAUUCAAUUCUUAGCAUUUACCAGUCAUGUCGUCCUCUUUUUAGUUUGGUACGAGAGAGUAAAGCAAUACCAUUAAACAGACGCACUUUGACCCCUUCUUGAACAACGCUAAGCAUGGACAACAGUAGUGGUUUUAUCUUCCAAUACGUAGGUGAAAAAGUACGUAAAUUCAAUAUUCAAACCAAUUCCUACUUUUUGAAAUCAUAUGGAAGAUCAUCCUGACAAGGAGUAUUUCGUGAUCCUUCGCAAGGCACAUAUUCAGAUUCUCUCAACCCUCUCUUUUCCCCUAUUCUGAACGCUCCCACCAAUCUUGAUCGAGGACAGAAAGAAGUUAACACAAACCUCAUGUAAAUACACGCGAUUCCAUAAUAUUGCAUCAUAACCCUGAACAAUAAAAUUCGUACCAAACAAA